AUGAUUUCUAGAGUUCUUUUGAGAGGCAGAAGCGCAGCUAGCUAUCCAUCUAUUACUAGAGCAUACUCUACAAAGAAUACCGUACCACAAAAGACAACACACGAUGAGAAUAUCAAAGAACACAAAGCAUCUGGAUUAACUACACCACACCCACCAAAGGAUGUACUCACAGCUGAGGUCAUCUCUGGUGCACCAGAAACACUCCAACGUCGUCAAGUUAGAAUUUAUAAGCCAACAAAGAAUACAAUGCAAUCUGGCACCUACAACACUCACCAAUGGAGGGUCGACUUUGAUAUUUUACAAGGUGGCGGUAGAUGGGAACAUCCAUUGAUGGGUUGGUCAUCAUCCGCAGAUUACAUGCAAGGUACACAUGUCAAAUUCCAGUCAAAGGAGGCUGCUAUCCACUUCUGUGAGAAGCAAGGAUGGGAUUACUUUGUUUCUAAACCACGCUCUCCAAAGUUUAAAACCAAACAGUAUGCAGCUAACUACUACCACUCAGCUGGAAAAGUACGUUUAGCGCACACAAAGUAGAAAAAAAUAACUGUAAAACCUUUUAAUUUCUAAAUCCAUACAAUUUCACUUU